AUGAUAUCAAGAUCGAUAUUGAGAGGUAAAAAUUGGGCACCUCUUUCUAUAACGAGAGUUGCAAGAAGAAACUUCACUGUAGAUGUACAGACCGUUGUAACUACAAUGACAGAGUCAUUCCAAGCAUUCCAUGAAUUUUCAGGAAUUCCUUGGUGGGCUUUAAUACCUAUAUCUACUAUUACCUUGAGAUCAUUAUGGACUUUACCACUUUCCAUACUUCAGAGAAAAAGAUUACAAAAACAAGCAGAAUAUCGACCACUUAUUGAAGGUACAAAACCAAUUCUAAGAUCGACUUUGGGUAAACAUGUCCAAAAAGCCAAGGAUAAGAAAGAAGACAUCGAUACUAGUGAUAUCGUUAAAGUUUUAAAGAGCCAAGUUCCAGUUGCCAAGUUAAGAUAUGAAGAUAUUAUAAUAUUCUCUGCUAAGGAAACAAAGAGAAGAAAAGAUGCAUUAUUCAAAAAACAUGGAAUUCAAACAUGGAAGAAUUUCAUGUUACCUUUGUUUCAGGUUCCUUUAUGGGUAACAAUGUCCAUGACAAUAAGAAAUUUAACGGGGUGGUUAUCUUGGGAUAAUCUGAGAAAUAAAGCUUUGGACCCUUCUCUUCAUAAUGAAGGUUUCUUAUGGAUAAACGAUUUAACAGAAGCUGAUCCUAUGCAUAUUGCCCCUAUCGUUGUGGGUAUUGCUUCGUUAUUAAAUAUUGAAUGGAAUACUAGAACCUUGGAAUUAUCAAUGUUGAGUAAAAGAGAUAAUUUGAGACCUACUUUGACUAGUGCUUUGGCAAAUACUUCAAAAAUCAUGGUUAUUUUCUUGAUGGGAAUUUCCAUGUAUGCUCCAUCAGCUUUAUCUUUAUAUUGGAUUACGUCUCAAAUUUAUUCCUUAGUUCAAAAUGUUUUAUUGGAUUUGAUUUAUCCUAUUAAAUAUUCCCCUAAAUCAAGAAUCAAAUCUAAACCUAAUGAUAAUAAUGACGCUUCAGAUAUUGUAAAUAGAUCAUAA